CUACGUCGCUCCUGGAGAGGAACUUCCGAGUUUGUUGUUUGGACUUGUAAGCAGAAGUUGUCGUCUUCGUCGUCUUGGCUUUUCUGAGCUGAGUUUAUUCUACAUCCACCUGAUUGUCUUCCCAGCCCGAAAAUGACGCUACCGUCGGCGCACAGCACCACCACCACACUCCGGACCGUGAGCGUCGCUUCGGAACCGAGCACGACGACGACGCUGCUCUCACCGGGCCAGCUCGGCAUCACCGGCGGCACGACUCUGCGCACGGUCGGCGUUCCGGCGCAGUUCUCCAACGUGCAGUACGUCAACGGCGCCGUGGACGGUACCGCGCUCCACGGGAACGUGCGCUACCUUGUGCCGGUGAACAUGCAGCGCGCCUCCGACUCCUACGUCGUGGUCAAUCAGGCGCCCCAGAUGUUAACGCCGGUUUACCUGCAGAACCUCCAGAGCAUGCAGCGGGUCAGCGUCAGCAGCGUGGACGAGACCGACAGUGUCCAACACCUCACCCUCAACGGUGGAGCUUCAGCAUUCAGUCAGCCGUCGAGCCCCAUCAAGAGCCCCGAGCCUCCAGAGCCGGAGAGCUGCAGCGUGCAGGAGGUCAUCAACAUCGACGUGAAGACGGAUUUCGUGGAGGAUCCGGUGGCCAAACUUGACACGCGCUUUUUUGGCGAGCUCCUUGCGGAGGUCUACCGGAAAAACUGCGACAUUCAUACGUGUGUCUCGGAACAUGUGUCCAAGAUCCGUGGACGGAAACACUUACUGGAUUAUAAGGAGAAAGAAGACAUCGAGCACCUUAUUCCUAAAGAAGUGUCUGAACUCACAAAGCAGCAGAUCCGCUACCUCCUGCAGACGCGCAUGACGGCAGACAUGACCAUGCGUAUGCUUCUGAGCACCUUCAGCAGCCUGAGAGAAGAUCUGGUGCACCUGCAGGAGGAUCUGAGGCGCCUGGAGAGUGAGAAAGAGCAGCUGGAGCGAGACCUGAGCUUUAAGGCCGAGCAGGGGUUACAGUACGACCGACUGUUGGAAAGCGUGCGUGAGAACAACCGACAGCUGCAGAUUUCUCUAAAAGAGAGUGCUGCUGCCCAGCGCAACAUGGAGACUCAGCUCAUGAGCACCCGCACCACAGACUCCAGCAAGGAUUUCCGCAUCAAAGAUCUGGAAGGCAGCAAACGGGCGCUGGAGCAGGAGAACGAGCUGCUGCGCAAGAAGCUUGAAGGCCAAAGCAGUAGCGCCACUCUGCAGACUAAGACCCAGGAGCUGUCCAGACAUUAUGAGCAGUUGCUGAAAGAGCUACGAGAGGAGAAGGAAAGAGAGUUAAAGAGUAUGCGGUCUCAGCUGGUGAAGAUCCAGACAGAAUACACUACAGAGCACUCCAGUGAUAGGAGCCUAGAGCUGAGGAUCACAGAGCUACUGACCUCACUGGAGCAGCGCGAAUCCACCAUCAAACGCCAGGAGGAGGAGAUCAGACGGCUGAAGCUGGAGAAGAAUAGCAACUCGGGCAGCCUGACUCAGACCGUCGUUACUAAAAGGUACGACACCCAGUACCCAAUCCUGGGCCUGCUCAGCGAUGACUAUCAUUACACACCAUCACCUGUCCGGGAGUCCAAGACCAUCGUCAUCAAGAGGACGGGAGAGAUUACCAAAAAGGGAUACAGUACCUAAAGAGCCCCUGACGACGCCGUUCCGCUUCUCUCCAACAAAACCGAGCACCAGAUGAGAAUCCAGAAUUUUGCGCCAGUACCUGCUAGAUCACCUCUCUCCAUCUUUUCUCACCCCUCUGUUCCUCCCUCUCUCUCUACCCCGGGUUCCUGUUUCCCUGCACGUGUUUUAUCUCCGCUUCACAGCUCUAGAAUGCCGGUGGUUUCGGCGCUCAGCGUAAAGGGGACCCGGGCUUCACGUCGUGCGUUGAUACCGAGCAGCUUGGUUUCCGAGCCACCACGACUCUACCGGCCUCUGUCCAGUAACUCCUGUAAUCAUGUAGUCGCUGAUGUAUGACGUUAAGGAUGUAGUUUCCUCUCAUGACUUACAGCAAAUUUCUGUUUGUGAUGUAUGUUGUAUUGUAUUUUAUACUUUCUCUCUCUGAGAACUUCGUACAACGGGGUGCAGUGUACAUACAGCAUGUGAGCGCAGACCGGUGAUGGGAUUUGUUUGCUAUGUAACAGCAGUGGAGGUGUACUGUUUUAUUUUUUCUUUUGUUUUUUUGGUUGCAUGUGGCAGAGUUAAUCAUUAAGUAUUAGAAAUAAAAGAGACUGGAAUAUUUGGGUUAAGUAGACCAUUGGUGUAUUGAACAAUAACAAAGCAUGAAAGGGUUGUAGGUUUAUUUUUAUUUUUUUUUACUGAACCCUAACAUCUCCCAAAUACUUUUACCAUAAACCUAAUGUGGCAGCUAUAUCCGAAUUUUUCAUUUUUUUAAAAAAAAAAAUAAUCCUCUGAUUGUAGUCCUGUCCAGGGAAGAACAGGUUUAUACGGUGUGAUGUGGUUUGAAAGGCUGUAAUUUUGAAGUAGCAAACUGUAUCUAAUAACUCAACUCUAACUCACUGGCCACUUUAAUAGGAACAAGCUUAAUUCAGCUUUUCAGUUAUUCAGUCAGCCAAUUGUGUAGCAGCAGAACUAAUGAAGAAACUCUUCGAAACAAGAGCUUUGGUUAAAACACCAAGACGAGGAGCUUUGAGCGACUUCAGGAAUUUCAAGCUACAACCAGAACGCUUGCUUUCUCCAAAACUGGAGAUCCAGAUCCUGUCCAGACAUUUUUUUUCUUGUUUUGUUCCUGUUAAAAGUUGCCAGUCAGUGCAGUUAGUGCACUAGAUCUAGUGCAGUUAAAUGGCAGCCACUGACCCAAAUUAGUGACUAAUCUUCAACUUCUUUAGGUUUACUGUCAGCGGUGUGUGAAGAUGGUUUUUCUAAGAUCUCUUCAAACUUAAUUACUACAGGGGUGUGAUUUCAUAAACUACUACAUUAAUGCUGCAUUACAGACUAAAUCUGCUGUAUACCGUGUUUCUAAAUUUUGUACAGUGUAUCAUCAGCUUUUUUCCUUGUAAUUUCAGCCAUUUUCUUUUUUAAUAUUCUGAACUUCAUGGUCCGAAUUCAUGUGAAUUCACAUGACCGGUUUCAUUCUGCUUGGGGAUUGUUGCACUCUGCCCUCUGCUGCCUGCAAGGUGAACUGCAAUAGAAAUAAACAACAUCGAUAAGCCUUC